CAAGAAGUACAACCUUCUACAGAAGUCGCUGGUCAUCUUCUACACUGUUAUCUUUUAGUCUGUCCUUUGCACAUACAUCACUGUGUGGUUUGGCUCAUCCACAAAGCAGACAGGUCCAAACUGCAACCAACAAUCAGGAUUAGAGGAUCAUCAGGGUUGACCAUCCCUCCAUCCAUGACCUGUACAGGUUUAGGGUCAAAAAAAGAACAAUUAACACCUCUUCAGACUCUACACAUGCUGCACACAAACUGCUAAAACUGCUAAAAGAUGCAGCCUCAGAGACAGUUUCUUUAACCCAGUCAAUCUAAUGAACUCCUAAGAGCCAGAAAUACGAAAUGGACACCAUGUUUAUUUUUACUAAUCCUCUUUUUGUUAUAAUGUAGGUAUUCACACUCACAAUAAAAAAUAUCUCUGUUUAAGAAUAUUUGUAGAUUUUGAUGAAAAUGUCUUCACUGAGAGCAAAGUGGAAUUUGGAGAUUAAAUUGAUUUUUAUCAAUUGCAUUUCCCCACCAGGGGGAGCCAGUGCCCUUUCUCUUGGAAAUGCGUUUUCGCCCGUCUUCUUUUGUUUUUGUUGAGCUUUUUCCUAUAGAUCACCAGUUUCGUUUUACUUUACAAAUGUAACGCAACUGAAGUUUCUCUGUUUAUUAUGUUUUCUUCAUAUGUUUUCCUUGGUUUAUUCUUUGCAAGCCCCGCUCCCCGGAGCCGCCCCGGCGUCUAAAACGCGCACACCCAGCGCUCCUUUGACAGAGCGUGUUGAUGACGCUUUCCUCCAUAACAACAACAACAGAACUCAGCUGCUGGAAAGCUAACUAGCUGGCCUAGUUAUGCUCAGAUUUUUUUAACCUUUUUUUUUUUUUUUUACUUUAAAAUUUGUGUUGGUGCCUUAAUAGUUACUUACUUGUCCGCUUUCAAAGCUAAUGCUGUAAAAUAUUGAAUUCCGUUUUUAACCUGUAUGAAGUUUAAAAGUCUUUGUCUGCUAGCAUGCUAGCUUUACAACCAGGUACAAGUCGGAGCUUCUCCUGCUGAAGGACCUUCAGAUGUUUAUCAUUGCCAGCUGUGAAUCAGAACCGCUGGACGGAAAUAUUGAUGGCAAAGCCAGAACACAAGACCUCCCGGUGGAGAUUCUGACCUCCGGCAGCAAACCCCAGGCUUCCCGUCGUCUGUGGAAAAAUGUCGCCGCAGAAAAAGCUUCUCCUGCCGGUGAGCAGCCGGCGGAAGGCCGUGGAGGACGUCUUCCCCUUUAACUCGCUGCCGGUGGAGUGCCAGCUGCACGUCCUGUCCUUCCUGAACGAGGUGGACAAGUGCAGCUGUGCGCUGGUCUGCCUGAGCUGGAGUUGCCUGGUCCGAUCGUGGAAACUGUGGCGGGUCGCGGACUACUCGCGGCGCGGCGCCUUUCACCUGGGCCAGGAGGGGCUGCUGGUUUCCAACCGGGAGUUUGAGCGCUGGAAGUCCUGGGUCCACCACUACACCCACCAUCUGAUCUCCCGGCGGGCCAGCCUGCUCACGCUGAAGGCCAGCUUCGACCUGGGAGACCGCUGCAACAAGUGGAGCGAACUGCUUAGCCGCCUGCUGGACAACGUCCACUGCAGAGACCUCAGUCACCUGGACCUCAACUGGACUUUUACCCUGUUUGAGCCACUGGACCUCAGGGUCCACUCCAGCUCCAGUUCACACCAGGACAGCAUAACAAAGAUGGACCAGGUGACCAGCUUCCAGGAGCUGCUUGGCAAACUCACCCACAGCUGCCCGCGCAUCUCCAAGAUGCGUUUACAUUUCGACUGGUCCGACUUGUCCGUUUCCUUGCUAACCCGGUUCCAGCAGCUGCGAACCCUCGAGCUCAAGUAUUUCUGGGUCUUCAAGCUCGUGACCCCCUCCACGCUGCAGACGCUCACCAAGUCCCUGCCCAACCUAAAGUCGCUGACUUUGCACAUCCUGGUGCCGCUGAGGAACCUCGGGAUCUCCUACACGCUGGAGUCGGAGUCUCUGGAGUUCCUGGACGUCUCGCCCAGCCGCGGCCUGGUCUUCUCCUGCCUGAAGCUGCCGGCCCUCAGGGAACUGCGAGCCAAGAAGAUAGUCCGAGGCAUCACGCUGGAUCGUAGGACGAGGCUCAGGAUCCAGAGCCGCUGGCCUUGUCUGUACCACGUCCUCCAGCAGGGGGCGCCGAAGCUUCAGGCCCUGAACAACGAGAGGCUCCUGCCUACGUGGAGGGAGAAGAGCUACGGGGAACUGAAGGCCAUCCUGGAACAGUCCUGCUACUGUGUGCAGCACCUAGACAGCUGGCUGUGGUAGUCGGCUGACGGACUAGAUGUCCGUCUACGUAUGGGUCGGUAAACUUCAGCCGAAAGCGAAACACUUCUACACUCCGCGUCGUUGCUCUUAUUCCAACAAACUGAUUCUGCAAAGGGACACAGAAGUGGCUCAUUGCUGCUGAUUGGAGGAAAAAAAAAAAAUGAAAGUUGACGUCAGGAUUGUCCCGGUUCCUAAACUGAAAGCUGCUCUUUGUGUAAAAAAACGCACGCUGAAGUAAGGAAAUGACGCACAGCGGGUUUGUAAUCAUUUCUUGGAUAAUCUGCAAAAAGCAAGGGGCUUCUUGCAUUAAUGGCCCGCCGCUGCACUGGUCAGGAAGCGAGCGGAGCUACGUGCACGAAGAUCAGGACUAUAUGAAGAACAAUCGCUCCUGUACGUUGCUUAAAACCUCCUAAACCUGUUACUGACAAUUUUUUUUUAAAUAAUAAUGGAGAAUGAAGGCAAAAUAUUUUCAGGAAAUUCUUAUUUUCAUCAGAGAUAAACAGGAAACUUUUUUUUCUCCAUUCAUAUAUAUUUAUUUCAUUUGCAGAUUUCUAAAAAAGUCUUAAUAGAAACAGUUCAAAAUUACAAACCAAUGCCAUUUGAAUCAAAGCAAUAUUAAAGUAGGUUAAUAAAUGUUCCUGAUUUGCCACCACUGCCUAAGGGGGAAAAAAAAGAAAUGAAUUUUAGAAGAAUUGUUCAUUUGACUGGAUUCCUUUGCAGUCGAAUAAAACCUGAGAUUUUAGUACAAAUGUUCUUAAGAAUUAUGACAAAAACAGAGAAAAUCUAGCAUGAAAAUGCAUUUCCAGACUUUCUUCCUUAUUCGUUGUAUACAACAAAAAACAAACAUAUCUUUAAAUUAAAGAUCCUAUUUCCAGUAUACUGCUUUAUAUUAAGGUAACAUCCUUUAGUUUUCCUCAUUACUGUUUUACUGUGUUAUUGUUAUUGUGUUACUGUGUUAAGUUAGACUCACUGAGAGAACGUCCAAGAAAAACACAUUGAUUCAAAAUCAAAAAAGCCUCUUUCAGUGUUUGUUUGGCCUCUAGAUUCUUUGAGUUUAGGGCUUUAGACGGUUUUAACUUCUUCAAAACUGGAUCUAGUUUAGAUACAAAAAAGUGGCGCUUUGAAUUUAGUGUGAGAUGAUCUGAUCCAAGUUUUAGUGAAUUAGCCCUUUACCAAACGGCCCAAUCAGGCCCAAACUUCUGCUGUGUUGUUCUAAGACUUGUGGACUGAAGGCCAUCCUGGGGCACGAGAUC